CCUUCCACACAGAUCUAAGCCAGCUGCCCUGAUUUAAACACAUCAUUGCAAGAAGAGUGGAAGCAAGGGAUCCCCCCCCUACCAGCGUGCUCAAAGUACACUGGCAAAGUAGCUGCCCGCUCUGAAAACAACAGACGAGCAGCUACAAAUGGUACAUUUAGACGUCUGCUGUUAGGUAGAGGCAUUUUGGGAGUCCUUCUGCCUCAGAUUCUCAGGACUCAAAGGGCACUUGCUGCCCUGAGAGGGGGUGUUCAAGCAAACUGACCUCUGGGGUUAACCAGGAUCGGUUUGUGUGAAGCUCUGUGGAGGAGGGGAGGAGGGAACAGGCAACAGUUGGAGGUGGGAGGCCACAGUGGGGCUCCUGCACAGCUCAAGAAGGAGACUAGGCAGUCACCGGGAAGCAGGGAAAGAGGAGGAUAUGGCCACGGGAGAAAUCACAACACUUCCCUCUACACCUGAAGACGGCGGCAGCGGCAGCUUUGCUCCUGGGGGCUUCAAGGAUCCCAAAAGGCUGUACUGUAAAAACGGGGGCUUCUUCUUGAGGAUAAAGUCUGACGGGGGCGUGGAUGGAAUCCGUGAGAAGAACGACCCCCACAUAAAGCUUCAACUCCAGGCGACUUCAGUGGGGGAGGUUGUCAUCAAAGGAGUCUGUGCUAAUCGCUAUCUGGCCAUGAACAGAGAUGGACGACUGUUUGGAGUGAGACGAGCAACAGAUGAAUGCCACUUCUUAGAACGGCUUGAGAGUAACAACUACAACACCUACCGCUCCAGGAAGUACCCACACAUGUACGUGGCACUGAAGAGGACUGGCCAGUACAAAUCUGGAAGCAAAACUAGCCCGGGCCAAAAGGCCAUUCUUUUUCUUCCAAUGUCUGCCAAGUGCUAAUCUGGGAUCUGAUUGAGAAAUAUUAACGUCUUAGUGGCAGCAAUGAAGAAGAUGUGACGGCAAUGAAGACCAAGUGCUCCAUCAUCAUUGCCCGAAAAUAGCUGUGAUGCUUUUUUGACUGGUAUAUCCUGAACAUGUCUGCUCUUAUUCAGCUUUUACAUUCAAACAAUGGCACACAUUCACACUUGGCUGCUUCCCAGUAAAACCAGGCUUUUACUGUGGACCAGCCAACUGCUACGCUAUAGUGCAACUGGAGCCAGGUGCCUUGCUCAAGUGCACCCCUAAAGUACGGCAAUGUUCAUUUUACUUACACAGAUCUUACUCUCUGGCUGAGGGAUUUAAAGCAGCAACCUUUUGAUAACAAGUCGGCUUCUUACCAUUUCAACUUCUUACUGGGUAAACUGCAGUCUGAGUUUAGCUGCAAGAUGUACGGCAUAUAGAGGAAUAUUCAGUUAAAACAUGUCUCCUACAUAAAAAGGUUUAAGAAAAUGCACUUAAGUCUACAUUAUUAUAACUUGAUAAAAGAGGAUGGAUUGUACUAAGUAACUGAAUUUAAGAAUGUUGUGCUACAAAAUAAAAAAAAAAAAACUAAGCACACUCAAAACAAAACCCAAGCACUAA